UCUAAUUUGUUUUAAAGUUAUAAUUUUCAAAAAUAUAACACAAGUGCAAAGCGUUGUGCGCUGUUCCAACCAAAAGUGUCAACAAGCGAAACAAAAAAAAUUACAACUAAUUAUGUAUAAUAAUGUACCACAUAAGUAUCGUCAAGUUUGUCGAUUGUGCCUCACAUUGGUUAGCGACUGCGAUAUCGCAGAUCUACAAAUUUAUAAGCCAAGCAGCAGUAGCAGUCCCCCAAAUGAUAAAAUUCAACAGCAACAACAACAACACAACGUGAAAUCGUGCAAUAUUAUUCAUCGAAAUGUAUCCAAAUGCGACCCAAAUAAUACAUGUUGCUGCGAUAAUAAUCAUGAUGAUAAUAAUCAUGAUAAUGAUAAUGAUGAUAACUCGUUAUCAGUUGUCGCGCAAUGCAAUAAUAAUAAUAUGGAGAGGGGAACGGGAACGGGUAUCGCAGCCUCAUUCAAUUCACAUAUGCAUAAAAACAAUUACAACACACCAAGUGUGCCUUCCUCUGCUGCUGCUGCUGCCUCUGCUUCUGCCUCUGCCAACCCGCCAUACACCAAUAUUUUUGCUCGAGUGUUUUCAAAUAAUAGUAAGCAAGUUGAAACAACAGCAGCCGAAUUAUCACAAUUCAAUCAAUCAACAUCAUCCACAACAACAUCCACACAAGAUUUAGAGUCGCAACCAAAAUUAGUUAAAUGCGAAACGGAAUCAUUUUCACAAUCGUGCCAAUCGAAUGUGGCCUACGAUAAUAAUACAGCUAAUACAACAACAACAGCAGCAGCAGCAAUAUCAACUCCCACUAAAAAUAUAUUUCUUCAAAACGUGGAGUACAACAAUCAAGAGCAUAAAGAUGAUUCAUCAACGCCGCACAUUACAAUUCAGAUAUUCAACUGUCUCUCUAUUAAGCCAUUGCCGAACGAUAGUUACCCUUCCGUUGUGUGCCGUGACUGCCGAAUUAAGCUCGAAUCAUUUUGGAAAUUUCGCAAUAUGGCACUGAAUUCACAUUAUGCUUUGAGGGAAUUUUUGACAUUAUCAGAAUCGUCUAAACUUAAUUCAAACGAUUUGGAAAUGAAACUGGAUGCAAUUUUAAAGUCUUCAUCGGAAGCAAUAGCUGCUAAGGCACUGACUGAGCUGAGCAAAUCCUCAAAAACAAGAUACAGCCAACGGCAACCGACACUUGAUGGUAUUUUGAAAUCGAAUAAGGAGAAGGAGCACCAUCAAAUUAAAAUCGAAAAUCAGAUCAAGGAGUUUCAAACGCCUUUAAUCUAUUCUAAUUUGUACGAAAUGCCAACUCAACCAACUGUCAACACAAUUGAGCGUGAUGCAAUAAUGAAUCAGAAACCAGAUACCAGCAGUAUAGCAUCCAAACUGAAAUUAUCGGAUGGAUAUAUGGAAUUAGAUAACGGUGUGGUGUGUGAAUCAGUAAAUACUAAAGUGUCCGAUGUUGAACAAUAUAAGAAGCAAUUAGAGACUGCCGCAGUGCUUAUGGAUAUAAGUAAAAAAAUUGUCAUCUCGCCACCAUGCUCGAAUCCCCAAUCUCCUUGUCUUUCUGCAUUUGUAGAUACAAAUAUGAAAAGUUCUGUGAUAAAAUCAAAACGUCCAUCAAAUGAUAAUGAUAUGCAAGAUGGCAUGGAAAUCGACUUAUCGAUCAAAAAGCUGAAAACUGAUCCUUGCAGUCAACAGAAUUUAGUCGCCCCAAUCACACGUAAUCUUUGCCAAGCCCCAAUACUUGACAUCCGUGCAAGUCCUUUAAGGACCGAUGCUGAUUUUAAGAAUUAUAGUAUUACGAUUAAUGAAGUCGUUGGCCCCUCUAGCUACCAAUUGAACACAAAAACAAAACAGAAUACCGACAGUAUUGCAUCGUGUCUAUCGGACUCCGAAGACAGUUCCGAUUCAAAUAAAUUAGAAAUGGACAUUGCAUCGGCGAUCUACGAUCGUAAGACACCGGAGAGCGUUAGUUCAGAUCAUGCAACAGAUGCGGCAACCACUCAACUAUGGCAGGCAUUAGCUCGAUCUGCAGCUAAAAAUAAAGAUGAGAGUCGAGCAACGCAACUUUUGCGAAAUAUGAUGAGUCAAUCAUUUGUAUUUCCGACGCCGUCAACUAUAGCAUUGACAAAAGUACCUGUAGAGCCAAUACCACUUUUAAAGGACAUGUCCGAAUCGCAAUCGAAUGUUGUUAAAAUAUGUCGAAGAAAGCAAAGUUUUCCAACAAAAUCUGAUUGCGUCGAUGCUCCAGAUGUUAAGGUGGCCGACACCUUUGUUCGUUCAGAAACAGCAAUUACCGAAGGGAUCAAAGAUAAAAAGAGCCUAAAGUGUAUAAGCAGCAGCACAGCUUUAUCCAGUUCUCAAAAGGAUAUGUCCUGCUCGAAUUGUGGUACGCUAACAACAACAAUUUGGAGACGCAGCGCCCGUGGCGAAAUGGUUUGCAACGCCUGCGGAUUAUACUACAAGCUGCAUGGCGUCAAUCGACCCCAUUCGAUGAGACGCGAUACGAUCCAUACUCGGCGCAGGCGUCCAAAAGAGUGCGAGAAAUCCAAGAAAAGAACCAGGCACUUAGCAUGCAGCUCGGCGGUGGAAUAUGAGUCGGAUAUCAUAAAUAUCUCCAUAAAAUGCAAGAAGCCAGACUUGUCAGUAUGUCAAGAGACGCCCACUCUCUCAGAUUCACCAUUUAACAAAUAUAAAACGGAAAUAGCUGAGACAACAGGAACGGCCGAAACACUCAAAGAUGUUAUUUUAAAACAAACAAAAUCACAAUCUUUGCCUGAGUUCAAUGAAACCCACGCAGGCGAGGAACUAUCUGUACCUCUUAACCUUGUUUCCAGUGAAAAUAAUGCAAAGUUAACAUACAACGCCAAAUAAAAUUCAAGUAAUCAA